AGCCUGGUUGUGUGCGUGUCAUAAAACGUGUACGAUAUUUGUGUUGUGUUGUCUUCAACUGCCUGGAAAGAAGGUUCAACGUAAUUUAUAGUUCAUUAACUUAAAAACUUGCUAUAUAUUUAUAUUUAAUUAUUUAUUGACGUAACUUUACUUCAUUUUUGAAGUAACAAUAAAUUUAAAAGUUAAAAAAAUCACAAAUAAAUUUAAAAACCCACCAAAAUGUCGAAACCCGUUCCAAUGCCACAUUCGGAGACGUACGAUGACAUGCAAAAUCUACGUAAGCCCGAACCGUUCCAUUUCGGAAAAUUUCUAUAUAAUUCCGAAAAGGGCACGGUUAUGGGCAGAGAUCGCGCCUCAUGGGCUAAGAUCGGCAUAUUCUAUAUAAUUUUCUAUGGCGUGCUCGCCGCAUUGGUGGCCAUAUGCAUGUGGGCCUUCUUUCUAACUCUGGACCCACGCAUACCCAAAUGGAAAUUGGAGAGCUCCAUUAUUGGCACAAAUCCAGGUCUCGGCUUUCGUCCACUGCCGCCCGUUGACAACGUGGAGAGCACUUUGAUCUGGUACAAGGGCACUCUGCCUGAGAACUAUAAACAUUGGACGGACUCUCUUGAUGAAUUCCUGGCAGUGUACAAGGUGCCCGGCUUGACACCGGGACGUGGUCAGAACAUCUACAACUGCGACUACAACCAGCCCCCACCGAGAGGUCAGGUGUGCGAUGUGGACAUCAAGACCUGGGCACCCUGCACCAAGGAGAACAACUACAGUUACCACAAGAGUUCGCCAUGCAUUUUCCUCAAGCUGAACAAGAUCUACGACUGGAGGCCCGAGUUCUACAACAGCUCGCAGAACUUGCCCAAAGAGAUGCCCAGCACUCUGAAGACCUAUAUAUCUGAAUUAGAGAAGACCGAUCCGAUCAAGCUAAACACGAUUUGGGUUUCCUGCGAGGGCGAGAACCCUGCCGAUCAGGAGAAUAUUGGCGUCGUCAAAUACUAUCCGAUACGCGGCUUUCCCGGUUAUUUCUAUCCCUAUCAAAACUCUGAGGGCUAUCUGAGCCCACUUGUCGCAGUUCACUUUGAGCGUCCCAAGAGCGGAAUUAUCAUCAAUGUGGAGUGCAAAGCCUGGGCACGCAACAUAAAGCAUGAUCGCAAGGACAGAAUUGGAUCGGUGCACUACGAGCUAUUGAUUGAUUAAUUGGCUCGAUACACUAUAUAUAAUAUAUAUAUAUGGCAACUAAUAGACGCUCGUUUGUCUAAUGUAGAAGGAAAGACAACAACAACAACAACAAAAACAGAAAAAAGAACACCAAAACGAAGUUUUUUCCUAAGAAAUAAUAUAACAUAUAUUAUACAAAAACAAAAAAAAAACAAAUUACACCGAAAUGAAAAAGAAAGUUAAACAGAGUUAAAAAUAACAGCAAACAUUUUUGGAUACAAGACAAUUUUUGAAUGUAGCUUCUUCUUAUACAACAUAAAUAUAUAAAGCAAACAAAAACAAAAAA